AUGUCUUGUCUUUCGUUCAAGAUCGUUUUGUUUCCAACGUACUUGACAUUCUUGCUUUGUGCGAUGAAGAAGCCCGCAGCAGCCACAGCGUUGCUUGCAGUCGUACUAGCCAAGCGCGUGGCCGAAAAUGGCACAUUCACGCCCCCAGCAGCUGACACCGGCUUCCCCAAUCCAGCGUAUCAGCUACCGGCCCUCUGUGCUGUGCAGAUUGAAAUGCCCACUAUGCCAACACCACCUUCGACUUUGAUUUGUACCUACCAGAUACCUGGCAGGGACGCAUGGUGCCUAGUUUCAGUUGAUAGAGUUUCGGGCAACUCUGCCUUCUCAGGAGGAGUCAUUUACGCGGAAAUGGCUGAGAACCCUGAGUCCAUCGUCGACUGGGGCUGGCGCGCAAUGCACCUCUCCGUCGUGGAAGCCAAAAAGGUCAUCGCCGCCUACUACGGCAAGCCCCUAGACUACAGGUACUACAACGGCUGCGCAACCGGCGGUCGUCAGGGGUUGAAGGAGAUUGAAGCAUUCCCAGACGACUUCGAUGGCGCAGUCGUCGGUGCUCCGGCAUGGUGGACGGCUCACCUGCUGUUGUUCAACAUCUACGCUGCGGAGUACAAUUUGCCAGAGCACUCGACACAUCAUAUUAGCUCCGACUUGUUCGAUUUUAUUGCCAACUAG